GUUGCGUCCUACAACUGAUUCACUUUCCCCGCCCCAAUAGGUGGCCUCUGCACACUGACUGAAUAAUGUAUUUUUGUUCCUGUGCCAGCCUCCUGGAUACAGCCUAAGUUACAGUACACAAUUAAAAGCCAACAUUUCACCUGCGUGUCAAACUUGUUUAGAGACUUGAAGAAGCCGCAACACAACAACAACCUGCGCACAUUUUUGUGGGGAGGAAAAUCCAUGAUGCGCAAUUACGCACGAGACUAGAGGAAUUUAACUACCGGGCAGGAUGGGAUGCUCCACCAGUUCCCAAACUUCAGCGGUAGAUACGAUUAGACCCAGUGUUAAACCCGAGGAAAGCAACGGAGCCAGCACUACAGGGGAGGCUCACAAGAAUGGCAAAGCAGCUGAGGACAAGACACCUGCCCAUGGAAGCGACGCUAAACCUGUAGAUGCUGCAGCUGCAUCAUCUGCAGCUCCAGCAGCAGCGGAGGAAUCCAAGUCUGCUGCAGACAGUCCGCCUGCAGAGGCAAAGGCAGAAGGGGAGGAGUCCAAGCCUGAUGCUGACAGUCCACCUGAAGAGGCAAAGGCAGAAGGGGAGGAGUCCAAGCCUGAUGCCGACAGUGCAGAGGCGGCUAAACCUGAGGAAGCAGAGGCCUCCUCAGAUCCUGCAGCUGCAGAGACAGAAAAUGCAGAAGAGCCCAAUAAAGAGGAGGAACCAGCUCCCAGUGAAUGAAGAUGAGCCAGAGUGAGAUGAAAUGAACCAGAUGAGUUCUCUGGAAGCGUCCAAGCUGAUUUGUAUGCAUGAGUGAAAGUAUGUGUAAGUGUGUGUGUGUGUGUGUGUGAGUGUGAAAGAUAUCGCCUCGUUGCCAAGAUACAGAACCUGUGAUGACUACUUUCAUUCAAGGUUCCUCAGUCAGUCAUCACUGUGCCUUCUUCCCCUCAAAAUGGUGUUUGUCUGCAAAAUCUGCUCGCAAACUGUACAUAGACAGAGUUCAACAGCACUUAAUGGGCGUGUUUGUUUGUUUGUUUUCCAGAUGUCAUCAUUUGAGAAUAGAUUAAAUUAUCCAUAAAAAUUUCUAUUUAUUACCUGUAUAGAGAGUUAUAAUAGCAGAUUUUAUCAAACAUCAUAUCUUGAAUCUAGUUGAAUCCACAAAUUCAUUCUCUACUUUUCUACAGAAUCAUAGUACAAAGAAAACCAAAGCCAAAAUAUAUGAUUUAUGAAAUGAUAUUCUUUUUGGGUAGCUGGCUUUGAUUUUACGAGCAUGUCUGUUAUGAGUACGAAGAGCUGCUCCACUGCAGGUGUAUUUCUGUAAGCGUACACGUACUUUAAAGAUUGUCCGACUGAUUUAAACAUGAAUUUAUAAAUGUGAGAGCUUUUUUUUUUUUGUUUCUGUUGUGUCAUGAUUUCUCUCUGGGAAGAAAACCUGAAAGUUUAAUCUGUAAUAUGCUAAAGAACUGUCAUACAAUUAAA